UUCUCAAGAUCAAUCUCACCUUCCUUCAAACCCUCCCCCGUUGUUUAACCGUAAAAAAGCCACCGUCUUUCUCCACCCAAUGGCCGGAAGAGGCAAAACCCUAGGCUCCGGAGCCGCAAAGAAGGCCACUUCUCGCAGCAGCAAAGCCGGUCUUCAGUUUCCGGUCGGCCGUAUCGCCCGGUUCUUGAAAGCCGGUAAAUACGCCGAACGUGUCGGUGCCGGAGCUCCGGUUUACCUCGCCGCCGUUCUUGAAUACCUCGCCGCAGAAGUGCUAGAAUUGGCCGGAAAUGCUGCAAGGGAUAAUAAGAAGACACGAAUUGUACCGAGACAUAUUCAAUUGGCGGUGAGGAAUGAUGAGGAGUUGAGUAAGCUUCUUGGGGAUGUGACGAUUGCUAAUGGUGGUGUUAUGCCGAAUAUUCAUAACCUUUUGUUGCCGAAGAAGGCUGCUGGGUCUUCCAAGUCAGCUGCAGAUGAUGAGUAGAGAAAGAAGAUGUUGAAUUUGGUUGGUGUUGUGUUGUUUAGGGUUUGGGUGUGUAGUGGCUUGAGAUCUUUGUUGGUAGGGGUGAUUAGAGAUAGGGUUUCGGUUAUAUAUGUUUAUAACUUCAAAUUUAAUGAAAAAGUUGUGUUCUUGCCCCACCCUGAUUAAAGGGCUUUAUUGAAGAAAGAAUUGGUUUCAGCGGUUGAAUUUA